CUUCAUAUCAACUUCGGUGGCGUCUUGCCUGCAUUGGAACUUAUUCUGAGGUGCUAAAAAAGAAGAAACAAAUAUUAAAGUGUGUGUACUGAAAAUAACUGAUCUCAAGAAUAUAAAUAAUAAGUAAACAAAAAGCAAAAGUACGCGCCUAUUAAUAUAAAAGACAAAGCAAAUAAAACCAAAAGCUUAAAAAAUGUUACGCGGUCGAUUUCAACCCUUCUGCCGCUAUGUGCAACAGCCGCUUAGCGCUAUACAACAACUGCGUCUGAUGCCCGCCGCGCAUUUGCGGCCAUUGACUACACGCAGUGCAUCGUUGGAGCAGCAGCAUCAACUGACAGAAAAAACAACUGAAGAAGAAUGGGCGAAUGCCAAGGAAUAUAAGGAAAUACCCGGACCUUCUAGUAUUGGACUAAUGAUGGACUUCAUGCCAGGCGGUAAAUUGUAUGGCGCGAAUUUUUUGAAAAUGUAUAAAACACUACGCGAACGUCAUGGUGACAUUUUCGUCAUAAGUGGUUCAUUCGGACGUUCUGAUCUGAUUUGCACUUACAACCCCAACGAUUUUGAAAAAGUAUUCAGAACUGAAGGUGUUUGGCCAAUACGCAGGGGCAUUGAGAGCAUCAGAUAUUAUAGAGAGGUACAAAAUCCGGACGCCUACGGUGGUGUAUGGGGUCUAGCAGGGGAGCAAGGCGAGCGCUGGUUCAAUAUACGUCAGAAGGUCAAUCCCAUAAUGAUGAAGGUUCAAAACAUACGUGAGGUAUUACCAGAAAUUGACAGCAUUUCAAUGGAAUUGGUGGAUAAAAUCGCUAACAUUCGUGACACUGCUACCGGCCAGCUCACCACCAACUUGCUCACGGAGCUACGCAUGUGGUCAUUUGAGUCCAUAUGCUAUGUGGCGCUUAACUCGCGGCUACAUCUCAUCACCGGCAAGGCUAAUGCGGUUGCACUACGCAUGUCUGACGCCAUGUCGGAGUUUAUGCAGUAUACUUACGAUCACGAUAUAGCGCCUUCUAUUUGGCGUUACUAUCAAACGCCCAGUUUUAAGCGUCUGAUGCGCUUACAUGAUGAACUUACAGAGAUUACAAGAAAGUUUGUGGAUUCAGCGCUGCAGCGCAUCGAAGCGGACGGUAAUAAAGAGGCGAGAAAAUCUGUGUUCGAGAAACUUUUAGGCCUCGAUAGGAAUAUAGCGGUAGUGAUGGCGAUCGAUCUGUUGUUUGGCGGCUUGGACACGACCUCCUCCACAGUGAUAACUGCGCUAUAUUAUCUGGCAAAAAAUCCAGAUAAACAAGAUAUUUUACGUGAGGAGCUAAGGACACUACUUCCGGAACACAAGUCACCACUGAAUGCUCAAAAUUUCAACAGCUUAUCCUACCUACGUGCUUGCAUUAAAGAAUCGAUGCGCAUAAUGCCCAUCGUCUCGGGUACUAUGCGUCAAACUGGUCGUGAUCUGGUGCUGUCCGGCUAUAAGGUGCCGAAGGGUACCGCCGUGCACAUGCGAAAUAUGGAAGUCUGCAAUUCGGAGAUGUUCUUUCCACGCUGCAAUGAAUAUCUACCGGAGCGUUGGUUGAAAACGCCCAAAAAUGUGUCGAACCCAGUUGAAGAGGUUAAAUCACAGAAUCCAUUCGUUUAUUUGCCUUUCGGUUUUGGACCGCGUACAUGCAUUGGUAAACGUUUAGCCGAUUUGGAAAUGGAAGUGCUGUUGGCACGCUUGUUACGUAAAUAUAAAAUCUCCUGGACCGAUGAGCAAAAUGAAAUGCAAUAUAAGAGUAAUCUAAUUCUAACGCCUUGUGGGGAAAUGAAAUUUAAAUUUGAGGAGAUGCAGUAGUUGUUAUAAUUGUGAUCUGAAAUGUGUAUAUUUUAAAGCUGAU